CAAGCUGGUACCAUGGGCACAUYCGUUYUCCCAUGCCUCYUUGUUAUCCUGCUUACCAGAUGCUCCCCAGCAUGGUGUGCUGGAGGUGGUGACUCUGCAUCCCACAGAACAGCCAGCACCGCAGAGAAACCUGUCCUGUUAAACAGCGUCGCAGAUGCUGAAGCCUUUGUCAGCGGUGCAGAGGUGGCAGUCAUUGGAUUCUUCCAGGACCCGCAGAGCCCCGAAGCGGAGCAGUUUCGCCUGACUGCCGGACAGAUCACGGAGGUKCCCUUCGGCCUCAGCACCAGCGCUGCCGUCCUGUCUCACUACGGCGCCUCGGCUAACACCGUCUCGCUGUUCCGCAGGGUGGACAAUGACCGGAGGGAUCUGGAUAUGAACAACGGGGAUGUGGAUACCAAGAAGCUGACUCGUUUCAUUCGGAUGAAUGAGCUCCGCCUGGUGACAGAGUACGACCCUGUGACAGCAAUAGGUGUGAUGCAGAGUUCACUCCAGUUUAACCUGCUCCUGAUCACAGACAAGAUGUCCCCAAAGCACCCUGAGCGAAUGAGCAAGUUUCGGGCAGCGGCAGAACUUUACAAGGAGAAGAUUCUCUUUAUCCUGUUGGACAGCAAUUUGAAGAGCAAUGAACGAGUAGUGUCAUACUUCCAACUGAAGAAGUCCCAGCUGCCAGCUCUSGCUAUAUUUUACACACCAGAUCAUGAACAUGAUGUGUUGACUGUGGAUGAAAUCUCUGUUGAACGUGUACAGGACUUCUGUAAUCGUUUCCUUCAAAAAAUGCAAAAGAGAGAAGAUGAAUCUGAGGAGAAGCCCCUCAAUGAAGAACUCUGAUUCUUUCUCAGCCAACAGGAUGAUUGUAGCCAGAGUCAUCUGUUUCUGGUGUAUGAAGAGUUCACUCUGCCCUCCAGCUCAGCAAUUCCUGAGCCAAGUCAGUCAUGGAUUCCCAUCAUCAUUCUGUGUACAUAUAURCUGCCUGUUUCUCUUCAAGCAUCUCUCCUCUCUUAUUUCUUCUCAUUUGUUGGCCACAGAUCUCUUUUUUCAGUACUUCAGGACCUCUAGAAUUGCCCUACAGUAUGUCCUUUUGUGCCACACUGCUGGAGCAAAGGGCAGCAUUGUGAAACAGCAUUAUCAGAGAUAAGGCUAGUAUUUCCCAGGAUCUGUUUUCCUCAUUCUUUUGGUUUUUGGUGCCAUGCUGGAAUUCACUGUCAGCCUUUCUUGAUACUACAAACAGAUUUGUUGCUUGAUGUCACAUGAAAUUUUCCAUUUAUUUUACURAAUAAAGCAGUAAGUGAAU